GGUAGAAACAGUAUCGAGCAUCAGCAGACGGGUUACUUGAGAAUGGCGGCUGCUGCCUGCAGUCCGCAGAGUGCACUGAACCCAUGCACUGGCAAACUGCACAGAGAUCAUCUGCGGAAAAGUAAAGAUUCGCGGAGGAGACAAGCUGCGCUUUUGUUUCUCACUAAUAUAUCCCUAGACGGACGGCCUGUGCGGAACAAUGCCAGCGCAGCGGGCCCCGGUGAUGCAGAGUUUCAGUGCGCUGACAUCGGCGCGGCUGUGAGUGAACUGUCCGCUGCGGCAAGCACCGAUGGGACCUUCUCCAGCCUCUCUGUCCCCAGACUCGGGCUGCUCAGUGUUCCGCCCAUCCUGGUUCUGCCGUCGGAUUCUGGGUUCAGUAACGUCGGGAGCACCGAAGUGUUCCUGGAGAGGGAGAGAGGCUCGUUCUGCUCGCAGAGUAAUCUCCUGUCCCCGUGCAGUCUACAGCCAACUCCGCUCGGAGCGCGGAAGUCCCCGACGCUGCUGUCGGUGCAGAGCUGCGGCUCCUCGCUGGACUCUCGACCGCGGAGUCGCAACACAUCUGGUUCUCCUCGUCCACGCGCCAUGAAGAAAAACCACUUUAUUAAGAACAUGAGGCAGUAUGACACCAGGGGCAGCAGGAUCGUGCUUAUCUGUGCCAAAAGGUCUCUGUGUGCUGCCUUCUCUGUGCUGCCGUAUGGAGAGAGCUUCCACAUCAGUGACCCUCUUCUGGACGCUCAGCGGCGGAGGCACUCAUCCGGAGGAAUAUCCACCACCCUGGAGAUGCUUCCCGGGCUGGAGGGGGUGGAGCUGGGCAUGUACGGCAGGACGGUGUCAUACGCUCAGUUCCUGUACCCCACUAACGCUCUGGACCGCCACAAGCCCUCAGUGGAUCUCACUCUACCCCUGCCCUAUUCCAGAAACAGCAUCCCACGCAGUUUUCCUCCCUCUCGCCUCAACAGCACCGUCGGUCUGGACCUGGGCCUUGAAGACACUGAAUAUGACCCCAAUAUGCUCAGUGACCCCCAGUGGCCAUGUGGAAAACACAAAAGAGUGCUCAUCUUUGCCUCAUACAUGACGACAGUAAUAGAGUACGUCAAACCGUCAGAUCUGAAGAAGGACAUGAAUGAGACUUUUAAAGAAAAAUUCCCCCACAUCAAACUCACACUGAGCAAAAUCAGAAGUCUGAAGAGAGAAAUCCGUUCAGUGGGAGAGGAGUCUUCCUUGCAGCCAGUCACCAUAGCCAUGGCAUUUGUGUACUUUGAGAAGCUGGUCCUACAGGGACGUCUCAACAAGCAGAACAGGAAGCUGGUGGCGGCCGCGUGCCUCCUACUCGCUGCCAAGAUCAGCAGCGACCUGAAGAAACAAGAGGUCAAACAACUGAUUGACAAAUUGGAGGAAAGGUUCCGGAUUAGCCGUCGGGAGCUGAUUGCUUUCGAAUUCACCAUCUUGGUUGCGCUGGAAAUGGCACUUUACCUUCCGGAGAGCAAAGUCAUGCCCCACUACCGUAGACUGGUGCAGAAGACCUGACGUGUGUAGAGCGGAGGGCUCAGGGCGGUCAUGAACAUGCAAAUGAGAUGCAUAAAGCAGCCGCGAGUGUGCGACUCUGCGUUCCCGUCAUUAUAGUUUCAGGUAUCAGAGCGAAUACACAUCAACACGAAGAGCUGACGUCCCAAAUGAUGCUUUUUAUAGCAAUCGGGCCAGCGGCAUUUGUUUUCAUGGCUGUCUGUUUUUGUGACCACCAUGGGAAUAAUGCUGAGGAAAACAGAAGGUUUUUAACUCUCAAUCGACAAGGGAAGAGUUUAACUCCUGCUACUUCACUUGUGUGAACUGUAUGUGUGCAUGCAUGUUUUUAACAUUCCAUAUGUAUUUACCAAAAUAACUUUUAUUUAAUGUAAACUUCUCCUUUUGUACAGAACCACCUACCAUUCACUGUAACACUAAAGCACUUUUUUAAACUAUACAUUUUUUAAAUGUAAACCUUAUGCAAUAAUAAUAAUAAUAAUAAUAAUAUAAUUAGCACAGAUUACAUAAUAUAUAUGCACUUACUUUAGUAGCGUACUCAGAAAGCGUUAUUGAGUGACUAAAUCUACCUUGGUAUUCAAACUUAAUAUGUUCAUUGUGUUUGGGGCUCCAUUUUACUGUGCAGGGUGCUCUAUAUUAGAGCUGAUUUCAAGAAAAGCACAUUUUCAGUGCAAGUUUUUUUUAUAGAAUUAAAUUUUAAAUUCCACAGAACAAAGAAAGCUCUGAUGAUGCAACUGAGUUUUAUUUUCCUGUGAAUUAUUCUUUUAAGACUUCAUAAUGGCAUUAAUAUAUAUAUUGCCACCACAGAAAUAAAUUAUAUUUUAAGCUAUAUUCAAACAGAAAACAGUUAUUUGAAAUUGUAAUACUAUUUCAUAAUAUUAUUGUGUUUAAUCAAUUAAAUGCAUCCAUGGUGAGCAUAUAUAUAUUUUAAAUGCACUGUUUAUUGAUUAACUGCCAUACAAUAUUGUGUUCAGUCUCAGUAUUUCAUUGACAACUAGUAACCAUGCAAUAUACUGUAUCAUGAGAAUUAUCAAAAAAAACAACAAAAAAAACUUGUUACUUGUAGAAAUACCAGGCAUUGUGUCGGACUUAAACAAGUUUUCAUUUCUUCCAGCACCCACAAUCUAUGCAAUAUUUUUAGAUUAUUUUUGUCCCAUUUACUCACAAAGCAUCACAUUCCAAAUUCAAAGCACCCAUUUCUCACCCACCUGAUUUAUAUUUCAGUGCAGACUGUGACGCUGUGUGAAAAGGUUGUGUGUUAGUAGCCGAUUUGCUGCUUUGUCCUUUAUAGACUCAUGUAUUUUACAUACUGUAGUCUCAAUCAAUACAUCCUUGUGUUUACUUACAUGAUGUUCUGGUAAUGUUGUCUACUAUCUUAUAUUUUCCUAUGUAUAUGUAUUUUUGAAAUGAGACAUUAUUUUCCAGAAAUGUUAUUUUUUUUCUCCUCCUUAUCCAGAUAUUGUGCUAAGCGAGACAUUUGCACUUUUUAAAGCAGCAUGUAUGCUAUGGUGCCAUCUAGAGGAAGCGAUUUACAAUCACAUGUUGUUAGAAAGUGGAUUUUGCUACAUAACAAGCAUCCUGCUCAUUUACUCAGGAGAUACGUAAAUCAGUAGUUUGGACAGUUUUCCAGGUUUUGUUACUUUGUUAGCAUGUGUGCUGAAUUUUGUGACAGAGAGCCCCAGAACAAACUAAGAGAGCAGGUAUUCAUGGAUAUGAAAUCUAAAAAAAUCACAUUUACACACAUUCAUUUAAAGUGCCUAGGAAUUUUUGUAAUGAAUAAUUUGGUAAAGAGAGGAAAUGGAAGUAAAAGCAAUUUUAUUUAGUUUAUUUACACUGUGAUAUUUUUAUAGUCUCCGAUGAUGAAAGGCAAAACCUACGGUGGCUGAGAGAGCUCAAUGCACUGCAACUGAAGAAAACACAUGCACUCCAGCAAAUUAAGAAAACCUCUUCAUCAGUUUGACAACACAUGUGCUGCAAAACUGAAAAUGCAACCAACUAAUUUGCUGGUGUUUUUUUUUUUUUCUUUCUAUUUUCAUGUGUUUUGUUCAGUUGUUCUCUCUUGGCCACCGCACAAAACAGUAAUUACACCAACUGUAUUUUUUUUGUUUUUGUCAAGAUUUUGACAAAACAUCCGUCACUGGACAGAUCAUAUUCUAAGAGAUCAUUAUUAUUUUUAUUUUUGCAUGGCAUCAUCAGGAUAUUUAAUCUGCUCAUUAUGAUAAUAUUCCAGCUCAGACCGUUUCAGCUGUAGCCAAUCAAUGAGUCGUUCAGUGUUUGAUAAGCGUUAUAUCUCCAUUGGAUGUUUCAGUUGUGCCGUCGAAAGGUCAUGAUUUCAAAGGUCAGAGGUGAAGGAGAAUGAAUCCUCAAGAGAAAAGAAAACAGAUAGCACAAAAUGCAUUUCCUCUGAUCUCUUCCAUGGAGUCAAACAGAUUUAGCUAAUCUUCCAUUCAUGAAUUACGAUAGGAAGCCUGGGAAGGACGCCAGCAGCAGAUAAGAGAUACGUUGUAUUGUAGCGCUGCUGAAAUCAUGUGAGUAUUUUUCCUCUGCUGAGGUAGAGAUGUAACUUCUCUCACUGAUGUCUUGUAAACUAGCACCUUGAGUACAGCCAUCUUUUUAUGUGCUUCUUUGCUAUGCUUUCUCUGAUCAUACCUGUUAUUUCUAUAUGUAUUUACAGGUGACAAUGUGUAUGAAGAAUUUUAUUUGUCUGUUAAUUGUCAUAAUUGUUGAGUUGUCCUGCACUUUCAUAAAUAUAUUUUGUAAAAUCACUGACAA